AUGGCUACGUUAUCUGCGACCGAUAGUCCAAGAAGAACUGUGUCGUCACCCAAUAUUACAACAAAGCCUACUUCACAUAAUGCGUUGGAAGAAUCUAUAAGAACGUACAAAUUACUUGAGGCUUUGCGAGCUGGUGACACAGCAUUAUUAUCUACCCUUCUAUCCACCAAAGAGGAAACCGCGUCAACAUUCCAAACGUCACCUCUUACGCUCGCUACUCAAUGUGCUACAACAGCCACGAUCAAUUUCAUUCUGAAUAACUUUUCUAGUAUAAUCGAUAUCAAUCAGCGCGAUCAAUAUGGUAAUACAGCGUUACAUUAUGCUGCGAAAGCAGGACGAACAGACGUUGUUGAAGUAUUACUCAAACGGAAGAACAUCAACGAUACAAUACUGAACAAUGAUGCAAAACAACCAAUCGACGUUGCUAAAACGCCAGAAGUAGCUGAAAUCUUGCGAGUUGAUCGAAAACAGUAUAUAGAGCACGUUACUGCCCUAUUUCGACAAUUCGUUGGACAGAAUAAUUUUAAGGCUUUACAGAAUCUAUUCCAUGACCCACGAGCUGCAGCCUUGAUAGAUAUCAAUCAUCAGGAUUCAAGCACUGGUGCCACUCUGUUGCAUGAAGCUGUUCGAAAGAAAGAUCUGGAAAUGAUAGAAUUCUGUCUGGAUCAUGGGGCUGACGUGUCGAUAAGAGAUAGGAAAGGAAAGUUGGCUCUUGAUCUCGCUAAAGAUGAUAGAAUAAAAACAAUUUUAAAAGAUGCUACGAAUCAAACUAGUAUUAUCACUAUAACUUUACCAAACCAGCAGCCAAAGCUGAAAGGUUACCUGCACAAGUGGACCAAUUAUGCUGGUGGAUAUAAGACAAGAUGGUUUGUACUAGAAGAUGGCAUCCUAUCGUAUUUCAAGAAUCAAGACGACGCUGGAAACUCGUGUCGUGGUUCUAUUAGUAUGAAAAUAGCACAUAUAAACCCUGAUUCUUCCGACAGACAACGUUUCGACAUAAUUGGUAAAGGCUCGAUACGAUAUCACCUGCGUGCGAAUCACCCGAAUGAAGCAAAGAAAUGGAUUUUGGCCUUGCAACAAUCUAUGCAAUGUUAUAAUACAAGAAGGCCGAGUCUAAACGAGGAAAUAAGCAUUUCCCCUGUCGCAGAUGAUGGUGCGCGUUCAAGUCGAAGCAUACAACGAGCCGAGAAUGCUAGUUCAUCUCAGCGUGAGCGGUCGAGAUCGCCGUCUGACGAUUCAAUUGAAGCCGACGAGUUGCCACACGGUGAGAAUUACCAAAUGUCCAUUAGUUCCGCGAGGGCACAAAUAGAUCUGCAAAAACAGCUUUCGCGGUCAUUAAUAAAUGUCAUGUCCGCUAACGAACUAUCACAAUUGGACAAUAAGAUUGUUGUUGAAACGUUUGAAAAAUCACUUAACGAGUUGCACAUUUUUGUUGAAGAUGUAAUACGUAUGAGCGAAGAUCGAGAUUCAUAUUGGCAGCGAAAGGUUGGGAAUGAAUUAGAGGCCAAAAGGCUCUGGGAAGAAAGUAUGCGAGCACUGACGAUCGAACAAGUCCAGAUGGAACAGGUUAUCCAAGAUAAUAUAUUAGAGCAAAAAAGAAAAAAGCGACAAAUGCGUGCAACAUAUUCUGGGAGAUCAGUAUCUCCAAUAUCGCCACAUGCAGAUAUGUCAAACAUAACUGAUAGGGGUAGCCAGUCGGAUCUGGUUAUGACCGAAGUAUUAGAGUCUAUCGAAGUUAUACAAUACGGAGAGACUGAGAGAUAUGAUUCGGAUGAUGAAUUUUUUGAUGCGAUGGAUGCCGAAAAUGAGGAGCUUGCAGAAGUGGCCCGUGCGCUAAUAACCCCGCUUACAACAGACAAGUCCGGCGUACUACAGCCUUACAUAGCACCAUCAUAUGCAGGAUAUCCACCAAAAAUACGUGAACGACUUCCGUUGGAUCAGAAGUCUCUACGACCAGAAGUAUCGUUAUGGUCUAUCUUGAAGAAUUCUAUAGGAAAGGAUCUCAGUAAAAUUACAUUACCGGUGUACUUCAACGAGCCCACGUCCAUGCUACAGAGAAUGGCCGAAGAUAUGGAAUAUAGUGAACUUCUUGAUAUUGCAGCAAGUCAGAAGGGCAGCACUGAGAGAAUUCUAUAUGUUGCGGCAUUUGCAAUGAGCAAUUAUUCAAGCACCGUUGGAAGGAUUGCUAAACCAUUUAAUCCCUUGCUGGGGGAGACCUAUGAAUAUGUUCGACCCGACAAAGCUUUUCGAUACGUGUCUGAACAAGUCAGCCAUCAUCCGCCCAUAAGUGCGUGCUAUUGCGAAUCGCCAAAUUACGAAUUUUUUGCAGAGGUUGAUGUGAAAUCAAAAUUCUGGGGAAAGUCAUUCGAAAUUAUGCCGAAAGGAGUAUCGCAUGUAAGCCUAAAGGUUCCUAAAGAAUAUAUGCCGCCAGAUGCUAAACAAACACCAAUAGACGCGAGCGACAAUCCAGCUGCUUUUAUGGAACACUAUUCAUGGAAAAAGGUUACUACUUGCGUGAACAAUUUAAUUGUCGGAACACCAUGGAUCGAUCAUUAUGGAGAUAUGGUAAUCACCAAUCAUCUUACGGGAGACGUGUGUGUGUUGACAUUCAAAGCUCGUGGCUGGCGAGGAAAAGAUGCGUUCGAGAUCAGAGGACAUGUAAAAAAUUCACAAGGACAAGAGGUCUGGGAAAUAGCUGGACGAUGGAAUGAACGGUUACUUGCAAGGCCAAGUGGUAAUUGGUCUUCACAAAGUGAGGAUGAUCUUGGUAGUGAUGCCGCCGCAGCUUCCGCACAUGUGGUCGAUGGGAUAUCACCUACAAGUAAUCUACCAACUCAUUAUCGUGGCAAAAUAGUUUUAUUAUGGAAACGGACACCACUACCUGAAGAACCGAUGCCUUUUAAUCUUACACCUUUUGCUAUCACUUUAAAUGACCUCCCGGACUCGCUAAAGCCAUGGUUGGCUCCAACUGAUUCUCGUUUGCGACCUGAUCAGCGAGGGCUUGAGACUAAUCAAUACGAUGUUGCCAGCACUGAAAAAGUACGUCUUGAAGAGAAGCAGCGGAGCAAACGACGUGCGCGGGAACUUGGGCAGUUACCUGAAUGGAAGCCACGAUGGUUUGAGCGUGAUACUGAACCAGAUACUAACGAAGGAUAUUGGAAAUUCAAUUUCGAAUAUUGGAAGGAGAGAGAGAGGGUCGGAAAAGAGCGAAUAGAUGGGGCUAGUCCUGCAAAAUGGGAUAUCGUUAACGAAGACAUUUUCUAA